AUAGUAGCCCUGCCCUGAAUCCAAUCCCACCACCGGGCACUGGGAAGAGUUUAGCAUAAGGAUUUCUUUUAAACCCCAAUAUGACAGUUGCUACUGGAGAUCCUGCAGAUGAAGCUGCAGCUCUUCCCGGUCACCCGCAGGACACGUAUAACCCUGAGACCGACCAUGAAUGCUGCGAGAGGGUGGUCAUUAAUAUUUCGGGUCUGCGCUUUGAGACACAGCUCAAGACACUGGCCCAGUUUCCAGAGACCUUACUGGGGGAUCCUAAAAAGAGAAUGAGAUAUUUUGACCCGCUGCGGAAUGAGUAUUUCUUUGACCGGAACAGACCCAGCUUCGACGCGAUAUUGUACUAUUACCAGUCUGGUGGGAGGUUGCGGAGGCCGGUUAACGUGCCCUUGGAUAUCUUCUCGGAAGAGAUUCGUUUCUAUGAACUGGGAGAAGAAGCAAUGGAGAUGUUUCGGGAGGAUGAAGGCUACAUCAAAGAAGAGGAAAGACCGUUGCCUGAGAAUGAGUUUCAGAGACAAGUGUGGCUGCUCUUCGAGUACCCCGAGAGCUCAGGCCCUGCCAGGAUUAUAGCUAUUGUCUCCGUCAUGGUGAUUUUGAUCUCCAUCGUCAGCUUUUGCCUGGAAACGUUGCCCAUUUUUCGGGAUGAGAACGAAGACAUGCAUGGCAGCGGGCUGAGCCAUCCCCCCUACUCCAACAGCAGCAUGGGGUACCAGCAGUCCACCUCUUUCACAGACCCCUUCUUCAUCGUGGAGACACUUUGCAUCAUCUGGUUCUCCUUCGAGUUCUUGGUGAGGUUUUUCGCCUGCCCCAGCAAGGCUGGGUUUUUUACCAACAUCAUGAACAUUAUAGACAUCGUAGCCAUCAUUCCCUAUUUCAUCACCUUAGGGACGGAGCUGGCCGAGAAGCCGGAGGAUGGUCAGCAAGGCCAGCAAGCCAUGUCCUUGGCCAUCCUUCGAGUCAUCCGCUUGGUGCGGGUCUUCAGGAUCUUCAAACUCUCCCGACACUCCAAGGGGCUGCAGAUCCUGGGGCAGACUCUCAAGGCCAGCAUGCGGGAGCUGGGCCUCUUGAUAUUUUUCCUCUUCAUCGGUGUCAUCCUCUUCUCCAGCGCCGUCUACUUUGCCGAGGCCGACGAGAGCGAGUCCCAGUUCCCGAGCAUCCCCGAUGCCUUCUGGUGGGCCGUGGUUUCCAUGACGACUGUUGGCUACGGAGACAUGGUCCCCACAACCAUUGGGGGGAAAAUAGUGGGUUCCUUGUGUGCCAUCGCUGGCGUAUUAACGAUUGCCUUACCCGUGCCCGUCAUAGUGUCUAACUUCAAUUACUUCUACCACCGGGAGACGGAGGGAGAGGAGCAGGCUCAAUAUUUGCAAGUAACCAGCUGCCCAAAGAUCCCCUCUUCCCCUGACCUAAAGAAAAGCAGAAGUGCCUCUACUAUUAGUAAGUCUGAUUAUAUGGAGAUUCAGGAAGGCGUAAACAAUAGCAAUGAGGAUUUUAGGGAGGAGAACUUGAAGACAGCCAAUUGCACCCUAGCUAACACAAACUAUGUGAAUAUCACCAAAAUGCUAACCGAUGUCUAGUCGCUAAAAUCUAGUGUUUAAAGCUGAAGCGGAACAAUCGCAGAUACUGAGUGCUGCUCUGCAUUGUAGUUACUACAGUAUUUUCUACGGUGUAUAUUUGGUUCUGCAUGGGAAGCAAUAGCUGUGUAAGUGACUUUUAACCUUUGAUUUCCACACCAAACGAGCGUCCGUGCAAAAAAAAAAACCCAAACCACCAACCCCACAAACCAUUUUGUUUCCCUUCUCCCAUCCCAGGUUUGUGGGUUUCCGAAGAUACGGAGCGGUUGGGCGUUUCGAGCAACAGGGAUGGGGAUACAGGGGGGCAGCUCCGGACUGUCCCGGAGUACCACGGGCGCCGGUCCCUGUCCCGUGGAGCUGGGUGACAGCCAGCUUCCAGGUAUCGGGAACGGCUGGGAAAGGUCAGGCAGAGCUUAACGAAGGGAAGAUGCAGUCGUGUGUCCGAAUUGCUGGAAGGCUCAGGUUUCCGCCCCGGGAAUGCCAAGUGCGAACGCAUCGCCCAGGCUCGUGUUUCAUAACGGAAAAUGCUGCAUGCUGCAAUAGUUUCAGCCACUGCAGUAUGCCAGUGUGAGGCCCAGGGGAGGGAUAAUUAGUAUGACGGCACAUUAUUUAUUAAGUCUUAAAUUUUCUAUGCUAGGCAUCGGGAGGGACGAGUAAAUAAAUCAAGCGCUUGGAUUUUAUUUGUUUAUUUAGAUGACACUUCCAUCACCGAUAUUUCCAGGAUCACCAAAGACACCUCCACUGACACAUUGAAAAUGAGUUGGGAAAA